AUGCGCAGCCUUGCCACAUCACGCGAAGGGCGCACCCCACAGGCCCGCAGGCAUUUGGGCCCAAGCCUCGCAGCCUCGAGGAAGCCCGUCUGCUCCAGCGGUCGCUCCAGCAUCGCCGCCCUCCGCAGGCAGGCGCGCAUGCCGGCGCCGCGCGCAGGCGCCCGGCGCCCUCGCCCCAGGCGCUGGACGCCGACGUGGCUCCUCGCCCUCGGCGGGGCUGCAGCGGCAGGGCUGCACCACCGCGGGGAGCCUGCCGCUGCCUGCCGCCCGCUGCCGCCCCGGGCCGCCGCCGAGGGCGGCCCGUGCGCCGCGGCCGGCCGCGGCACGCCGGCGAGGCAGCGCGGCGUGGCGGACAGCACGCGGCGUCUCGGCGGCGCGUGCCGCGCCGAGGCGCUGGCGGUGCGACGCGAGGCCGGGCUGCGCGCGGAGCAGGAGACCCUGGAGGUAAGCGCGGGCUCCUCGUGGAAGCUCGCAGAGGCCGUGGAGCACAGGGACGAGCUACUCGGCUCUGGGCGAUGGGGCCCCGCGCAGCUGGGGCUCUUCGCGGAGGAGGUAUCCCACGGAGGGGCGCGGCGUUUCUUCGUGGACACUUACGCGGGCUUCAGCCUGCGAGUCGCGUCGCAGUUUGGGGGCCAUCUCUACGAAGUGAUACAGGAGGGCAGGCCGUGCUGGCUCUACUUCGACCUGGAGUUCCCGAAGCACUCGAACCCAGGGUUGGACACCGACCACGUCAUGAGGCAGUUCCGCCAGGCGCUUGCGGACUUUUGCACGAAGGUGGAGCUCCCGUACGACGAGUCCCUCACGGUUGUCCAAGACUCGUCCACAGAAGCGAAGUUCUCCGCACACGUGAUCGUGAAGUCACUCGCGUUCCCAGACAAUGUCCAAGUUGGAGUGUUUGUUCAGGCCUUCCUCGCGUACGCGAGGGAAUCGAAGGAUUCCAGCAGUGCUUCCGGAAUAAGCACCGAUCUGCUAUUUAUCCGCAAAGACCUAGAAGAUCACCAGGAGACAAAGUCGAUCGUCGACACUUCUGUGUACACAAAGAACCGCUGUUUCCGUGUGCUGUACCAAUCAAAAUACGGCAAGAACGUCACGUUGACCUUGCAAGAUGGCGCGAAGGUGGUCCACGAGUCGGAUCUGCCCGCCUGCCAAGUGCUCAGGACGUUGGUCUCUUUUGUGCCAGAGGGCACUGCCGUGCGCGAAAAUACAAACAUACCCGACUUCAUGGAGCAUCUUGCCCAUCUUCAAUCUGUUCGCGAGCCAUCUCGAUGUGUUGAUGUGGAUGCGGAGAUGCAGCCGCUCAUACACUGGCUAAUCGAAAAGUGGGACGACGAAAGAAGAGAAUCUGAGCAGAAUGUCGCUGCACAACUCCCCACUGCCGUAGAAAAUGUAAAAACGGUGAGGAACGGCAGAUCUGUUGUUUACGAAGUUACGCUUGCCAACAAUCGCUUCUGCCUCCAGAGGGGAAGGUCCCAUAAAAGGAACGCGAUAUUAUGA